AGUAGAGAUAUUAUCUGACUCUUGACUUCUUCAAGGUCAGUUAAUUAGUGCUAACUAGUUUCUAGGAGAUUAGCUUUCUGUAACUUUUACUUUUUAGUCUAGAAUUCUGGAUUUCUGCAGCCAGCGACAUGCUUUUAUUUUGGAAGUCUGCUCAAAUCCAUCAGUGAAGUGCGAGGCAGGCAGAAAAGGUUUUUGAUUUUGUUCCCUGCUGUGUUUUCCUUUGUCACAGUCUGCUUGCAAAAUGGGCUCAUUCCAUGAAUGUUGGCUUCCACAUGUCAGUGUUGUGUGUAUAUGUGUGUGUGUUGUGUGUAUAUAUAGGUGUGUGUGUGCCAACCAACCUCUUCGGCCCAAAUGAAGGCAGCUUCUCUGCCUCUGCGGUGUAGACCAGGACUAUUUUAGUCGAAAUGUUGCACAAAUGUUUCUCUCAGUUAAGAGAAAUUGCGGCGGCUCAUUCUGGGCCGGCGGCUGAAUGAAAGUUUGACUGCAGCUCUGAGGGAGCUGUUCAUAAUUCUGACAGCCAUCACAAGUGUCUAAGGUGCGAGACGAGGAUCCACACUUUGUGUGUGAACAGCCAGCACUUUACAGAUGGCCUGCUGCCCAAGACCCAAGGCCAGCUGAGGAAAACUUCAGAAACCGAAAACCUUGACGUUCUGUGUACGUGGUCAGGGGGCUGCAGCUGGUUUCCCUGCAGGAGAAAGCUGGCUGCCUCCCAAACUCGAGUCUGGCACUGGAGGCAAUAAAAAGGCCGAGCGUUUUAGUCCAAGCUGGCUGUGUGGCGGUGACGCGGCGGACAACCAUCAUGGACAACAGAUCUGUCCAGAGAAGACGAACCGGUGACGUUCGGCAUCUGCUGCUCGCAGCCGCUUUCCUCACCUGCAACUCUCAACUACUGCUGGUGGAUGCAAACUCGUGGUGGUCUCUGGGUCUGACCCCAAUCCAACGGCCAGAAAUGUACAUAAUUGGUGCACAACCUCUCUGCAGUCAACUGUCAGGUCUGUCACAGGGGCAGAGGAAGCUCUGCCAACUCUACCAGGAUCACAUGACCUACAUUGGAGAUGGAGCCAAAACGGGCAUCAAAGAGUGCCAGUAUCAGUUUAGACAGAGAAGGUGGAACUGCAGCACCGUGGACAACACAUCUGUGUUUGGACGGGUCAUGCAAAUCGGCUCCAGGGAAACGGCGUUCACAUAUGCCAUCAGUGCAGCCGGCGUGGUCAACGCCAUCAGCCGGGCGUGCCGUGAGGGCGAGUUGUCCACCUGCGGCUGCAGCCGCACUGCUCGACCUCGAGACCUGCCUCGGGACUGGCUGUGGGGCGGCUGCGGCGACAACGUGUAUUACGGCAAGCGGUUCGCCCAAGAGUUUGUCGACGCCCGAGAGAGGGAGAAGAAUUACCCACGAGGGUCCAGAGAGCACGCUCGAACACUAAUGAACCUGCACAACAAUGAGGCCGGAAGACAGGCUGUUUACAACCUGGCAGAUGUUGCCUGUAAGUGUCAUGGCGUCUCGGGUUCCUGCAGUCUGAAAACCUGUUGGCUCCAGCUGGCCGACUUCAGGCGUGUUGGAGAGUUCCUGAAAGAGAAAUAUGACAGUGCUGCAGCCAUGCGGAUUGGACGCAAGGGAAGACUGGAGCUUUUGGACAAGCGCUUCAACCCCCCCACCCCUGAGGACCUGGUCUACAUUGAUCUGAGCCCAGAUUACUGCCACCGCAACGAAACUACAGGCUCUCUGGGCACACAGGGGCGCUUCUGCAACAAAACCUCUGAGGGCAUGGACGGCUGCGAGUUGAUGUGCUGCGGCCGCGGCUACGACCAGUUCCGCGUCUACAAACACGAGCGCUGCCACUGCAAGUUCCACUGGUGUUGCUACGUCAAAUGCAAACGCUGCUCAACGCUGGUGGACCAGUUUGUGUGUAAAUAGCUGGACGGUGCAGGUGGACGGAGUUUAGAGCGAGAAGGAGGGAAGAAAGGACGGUGGAGGGUGGAUGUGAUUAGUCAGGGUUUUGCUCAGGAUUUGACACACAUGCUCAGAUUCCCAUAAAUUCCUGGCGCGUUCCGCAUAGCAAACUGCUAUGCGACACCUGUGUGAUCAGAGGCCAAAACAGGAGUUGGAUAGAAAUGUGUCUACGAUCCCGAUCUUGAUUGGAGGAGCGAAGCAAAUGGAAAAGCGAUAAACAAACAUCAUCAAUGAUGAAUGAACCCAAGAGAGUCUAGUGGAAAAUAAUGGAUGUUUUAAAAGUACAACACAUAAGUGAGAUGAGUUUAGAACAUAUAUAUAAAUAAUUGAGAAAUAAACUUGCAAUUUCUAUUAUUUAAAAAGAUUUAAAAUGAUCUGUUUUUGCAAUGCAAAAAAUGUUAGCAGGAGCUGAGCACAGUGCAUUCACUGCCUCCUAACAUCUGUAAGUAAAACAGAUUUGAAGAAAAGCUGUUUUUCAGUGUUAAGUCAAAAAAAAUUUAAAGAUUAAGAUCUGAAAAAAUAAAUUAUACUUUCAUGGGGAGUUUUAAACGGCUGCUUCCUCAACGUUCGAAGUUGUUAAUAACCAAUCUGACGCUCCGUCCCAUGUCGACGUGACUCUCCAUGUCUGCAGUAAUGAGGCCUGCUGGAUGCAGCCAAACAAGCAGCUUCUGCACCACAACCUUCAGCUGACGGGGAUGAGAGCAAAACCUCCAUUAGGGAGAUUAAUGUGCCGGGCCUGCCUUAAUGAAGCAACAUUCACGGAGAAUGCAUAUGCAUAUAUAUGCCGUACUGUCGUGCAACUCAAGUUAGGAAAACGCUGCCAAUUUGACCUUUCCUAACUGUCAUGUAUCAUGACUUGGUUCUAAUGCAAAUUAUAAAUGUCAAACACGAAGCAAAAAGCGGAAGAGGACAAGUCAUGCCGUGGGGGGGGGGGGGGGGGGGGGACAUGUGAAUGAGCAGAAAGGACUGCAAUUUACAUUUAAGAAAUACUAGAUAAAAAUAUAUUUUAUUACUGCUAUUCAUUUUCUGUAUUUUAUACAUGUGCAGUAUUGUGUAUCCCUCUGAUAAACUAGUUUUUGAAAGU